AUGAACGGCUCGCGUCCCAGCAGCGGUGCGAGUGGCCCGCUCGGCUUUGGCUUCAUGGGUGUCAAGUGGCCGAGGAUCUUCUUCCUCAUCACUCUCGUCCAGGCCAUGAUCUGCCUGGCCUUCGAGUGCUACGUCUUUUGGAAAUUCCAGACCGGCUUGACCGAUCAGGACACUAAUGAAGCGGCGGAUGCGAACACCGACUCGCCAAGACGCACAAUCCCGACGUUCUUGACGCUCUUCAUCUUCGGUUUCUUGUACGAACUGGUCAUCGUCUGGGACGCCUUGCGAGCGAAGAACACGAUUCAAGUUAUUGGCGUGUGCAUUGCCAACCUCGCACUGAUGGUUUACACUGCUAUUCAGGUCGAACAGAUUGAGGAGGCGUUGGACCAGUUGAAGGUCAACGGAUCCCUCAAGAACCCGAAAGACGACAUGUGGGCGGACGUCAAGCCCUAUCUAGUUGCCAUCCCCUGUAUCCUAGGCUUUUGUACCAUUGCCAUGGCCUUUACUGCCUGGAAGCUCUACCAAGUCUUCGCUUGGGAUAUUCUUAAGACGAUAGGAGCCGACUACAGGAUGAAGAAGCGUUUCCUCCACUACCAGAUUUAUAUCGCACUUCUGAAGUUCGAUUUCUUCUUUUUCCUUGGGUUUACCGUUCAGUUCUUGGUUAUUGUCACCCUCAAAACCGACACCGAAUUCGGAUUGACGAUUGCCGCUGUCCCCAUCACCAUCGCCAUUUUGCUUCUGGCAGCUUGGUUCACCAGGAUCGAAAACAAAGUCGGCAUGGGCACUGUUAUCGUUCUCUAUCUCGGCGGUCUGACGUACUUCCUCUAUAAGCUCGUCCGCAUUUACCAGCCACGCACGGAAGAACAGUACAGGGCGGUGCGUAAAUCGCUCACUGCCUUUGCUGUCAUCACCAUCCUCCUCAUCAUUUGCACCAUCGCCAACUGCAUCAUCUGCAUGCGCAACUUCGGCGCCGGCCUAAAGAACCACCUCCGGAAGCCGUCCCGGGACCUCGAGAAGAACCCGGACCUGAAUUCUAUCAACCUGCAAGAUGUCAAGCCACAGAUUGCGAGCAGAAUGACGAUCGAUUAA